CAAGAGGAAAUGAUCUCAAACGUGUCCACAUCUACCCUCAAAUACUGCCCUUUUGUAUCUUUAUUCCUGUAUGCGCCUGUCUCUCGCUUUGGUUGAUUCUUUCCCCUGUAAUUGACGAGUUCACACGGCACGGGUGGCUCCGCUGUGUCCUCACAAUUGGUCCAUGGACGUUCUAAUUGUUCUGCGUCAAGCUAUCAAAGCAAAACAGCCUAUAGUUUAUUUGGAUGCGAGCUCUCAGUCAUGCCAGACGUUGCAACAGGCAACUUACAUCUCUCUCGGGCCAGGUACAAACAUCCCUAAGACAGCGGCAACACGCUUCCAAAAGCCCAAUGCCAGUACUCGCGACUGGGUUGGCCACCCUGAGGAUUUCUUCACCCUUCAAGCUGUUAUUGUUGCAUGGAUGACAAAGGACGCACCAACUACUGAGUAUUUGAAGCAGGCUCGAGAAAAUCUCGCUGGGGCUGGCUUUGUAUCUGUCACCGACCGCAAGUUACUUGUGGAAUGGUUAGAGGGAAAAUCUGUAGAGCUCGAGAGGUUGAUACCGAUAGAGUCAACUACACCUGAGGGCUCACCGCGGGCCACCACAUCCGCUUUGCCGGGAACAGGGACAUCAAUUUCAAGACCAACUGGUGCGGCCGCUGAAAAGCGACCAUACACAAUCGACCAAAAAGACGUUCUGGCUGUCAAGAGAAUACGAGCGAACGAAGUAGAGCUGCGAGACCGUAACACAGUCUUGCGAGGCGUUAAGAAUCAUGACUUCUCGAGUGUGAAAACGCUAAUUGCAGAUCGCAUAAAAGCCGCAAAAGAACAGUCUAAACCGCCUGCACCUACAACAGAUAUCACAGCUGGGAACAAGACGGAUCCGAAUGCUUCCGCGAAGAAGAAUCGAAAUGUCGCACCCAUCAUCAUGAUUCCAUCAAGUCCAACCUCCCUAAUAACCAUGUAUAAUGUUCGUAAAUUCUUAGAAGACGCUCUGUACGAAUCACCUGAGGACGCGAAACGGAGAAUGGCUGCCGAAGGGAAUAGCAGGCUCGAUGACGUUUUGCCGAUUUACCGGAAGAAGAAUCUAAUCGUCGCCGGCCGACCAGAAGGGGGUGUUGAGAAACCCAUUAAAUAUUUCGUUGUUGACGGCGUAGAAGCCCUAGGCAAGUUUGGCACAGAUGCAUGGGAUCGAGUCGUUUGUGUGAUGACCACUGGCCAGGCGUGGCAAUUCAAACCAUACAAGUGGUCUGACCCUACUCAGCUCUUCCAUCACGUGAAAGGCAUUCAUGUCACAUGGGCAAACGACCCACCAAAUUCCCGCAUCCGUGACUGGAAUGUGUCUGAUCUGAAGAUUGAUUCGAACAGACGACAUCUGGACAAAUCAACAGUGGCAAACUUUUGGAUGCAAAUAGACGACUGGAUCCAAGCAAACAAACCAUGGCUUCCCACAUGAUCCAAAUGCUUCUUCGCACAAUCGGUGCUGAAUAUG